CUGGGCUACACCUACGCCCUCUCCGUGCGCCAGCGCAUGGCAUCUGCAAGGUGCUGGUCAGCCUGGUCUACGACUCCAACCUGUCGGUGGACGGACGGCAUGCGGCGGAUGAAGUGUGUGCGGAGAUCAUCGCACGAGGCGGCGAGGUGACGGCUGACUAUCGCUCAGUGAUGGAGGGCGAAGCCAUUGUGCAGCACUGCAUCGACACCUGCCGGCCGUGUGGACAUCCUUGUCAACUCAGCCGGGGCUCUCAUUGAAGGUACGUUCGUGGCCAGAUCGAUGACAUACACGUGCACCAAGCAGCGCCGGUCAUGCCUGCCUGUAUCAUUGAUGCGUCUGUCAGGUGGGAUCGCCGAGUGCUCCCUCGAGUCCAUCGACGCCGUCUACAACACUCACUUCAAAGGGGCGCUCCGCGUCUGCCGCGCCGCCUGGCCGGCCGCACAUGGUCAAUCAGAAGUUCGGCCGCAUCAUCAACAUCACCUCAGUGGCGGGUCCCUACGGCGACGCCACGCACGUCGGGUGCGUGGAUGGGCGGGGCGUGACGAACACAAACAGCACGUAUGUGUGUGUCUGUGUGGGAAGAAUGUGCAGGUAUGCGAGCAUGAAGAUGGGGCUGGUUGGGCUGACCAGAUAGAUCGCUGGCCGCCGACGGGAUGGACAAGGGCAUCACCGCCAACUGCGUCGCGCCACUGUGAGCUGACCACGUACACACAGAUCAUGCACACGGACCUCACUCUCGCCGUGUUCGUUUGGUUGGUUGUUUCAGUGCCGGCACACGGGUAGUGUUAAUAUCAGCACCCAGUGGGAGCUGGAGAGGCUCACCGUCUUGACGCCCGACUGGGUGGCGCCCGUGGUGGUUUAUCUGGUCAGUGACCCCCACACACAUCACACGCAUGCACACUGCACACAUAUGUCUGUCUGUCUGUCUGUCUCUGUCUGCCUGACUGCUUGUGGACGGACGCAUAUCAGUCAAUCAGGCGUCGGAGCACUGCCAGCUCACCGGCCGUUUCAACAAGACGGGCGGCAGCUGGGCGGCCGAGACCAGGUGGCAGAGGUCAGCCGGGCCGGAGGUGCCGGCCGCUAGCAGCCCUCCACCCCUCUGCUGCACCGCCGACAUGGACAAGCUCAUGUUGGGCGCGUGUGACUUCGACGACGCCGGCCGCCCUGCGCCUAUCACUGACAUGCUGGCCAGUACCGAAAAGAUACUGCAGAGGGCCGACAGGCUGAUGGCAAUAGCCAUGGCGGUGUCGACGGUCAAAGGCGGUUGGGCGGUUGGCACUGACCAGCGGCCAGUGGGCCGACGUAUAUAGUGUAUUGUGAAUGCACAUGAGAGUUCGAGGGUAAUUUGUAGAGGGGAGUUAGAGUGCCGCGCCCGGCGGGCGGUGACAAUUUGGCGGUGAGACUUGACUUCUUGUCGUGUUGGCAUGGUUGGAGUACUUUUCCCUUCGACCUGUGCUUGUGAGGGCGUGUACGUGGGUCAGACACUAUUGUUUAAUUGUGUAUAGGUAUGUAAAGAGACGCGCUCCUCACUGUUUGAUUCAUUGGCUGACUGGUUGGUUGACUGUCGCGCGUCAGCUGAUCACGACGAUGCGGUUCGAAUUCGCUCCAUUGAUUGUGCUCUUGUGUGUGACUCAUUCCGGCUCGGCCAUCAGCAUCAGACGGAGAAACAACGAUGACAAGGCAAGCAAACAGACAACUGCACGGGCCGUCCAUCGAUCAUUCAUCAUUGUGUGUCUGUCUGUGUCUGUGUGCAGGGUGAGCCGAUGGAGCGACUGGUUGAGGAGGGGAAGACCAAAUACUCAGAACAGCUGUUUGACGAGGCCAUUGCUCCACUGCUCAACCUGGCCAUCGACAAGCCUUCAGACACACACCACAAAGGUCAGUCAGACAGACAGACAGACGUGCAAUGCACACUUGCUGCUGCCGUGUGUGGUCGACCAGUGACGCUGCAUGUUGAGCACGAUGUCGCUAACGACGCCAGACGGGACACCAUCGCCGGCGAAGAAACCAUCCAGGAGUGAGACAUUAGGACACCACAUGUCCACAACAUGUGUGUCUUACAGCAUGUGUGUCUGUGUCUGUCAAGAUACUUCCGCAAUCGGCCGUCUGUGUCGUUUGACGGAGCUCCAGACAGAAAGUACACACUCAUCAUGGUCAGUCAGGAGAGGUGACGAGGCGCAUUUGUUUAUGUGUGGACAUGUGGGCAGAUGGACGUCGAUGACAUCCCUCCGAGCCUCAAAUGGUGCGUCACCGACAUCCCUCCAACAGGUUUGUCAGAAUCCCAGGACAUGCAGACACACAUCCAUGCACUGCUGCAUGGGCUCAGGCGUGGUCGCUGCCGGCGAUGAGCGUUUCCCAUACGAGCCGCCAACCACCAUCGGCCACACGUACGCCUUCCUCCUUUUCGAGCAGUCUCUCGACGCCAGAACGCCAGCCAAACCCUUCCCGACUCGGCUUCCCAUUCUGCCCGUACCAAACCCCGACGGCACAACAUUCGACGCGUCCCACUUCGCGGAAGACAACGACUUGUUGCUUGUCGAUUUCACCUUCGUCCGCAUCAAAGCUACACCCGACCUGAGCUUCCCGUGAGUGCAUCCAGUGCAGAUGGAUGGACAGACACCGAAACGAAUGUGCGCGUGAAUUGAGCUGAGAAGGUCUGUGUGCUUUCGGUUGGUGCGCAUUAUACGUAGCCACAGAUUUAUUCAGCGUCUGUGUCUGAUCGACAGCGACACGAACAUCCAUCCAUCCACUGACACAAACGCACGGCCGCACAGACGCACUCACCAAGCAGCUAGGACACCAAGAAAGAUCUAGAGCAUGAACGCACACGCACACACCACCCACAUACACUCACCCACACGCACAUCAUGCACGGCCUAAAUGCACAAACCACACACACACACACACACACUCAC